AGCCGCUUGGGCUCUGGCUGCCGCUGUCCCGCGAGCGGUUUGACACAUCACAUUUUGGUGACGCCCCGACCGCCACACGUAAAUUGGAUCUUCUGUUGGCUGCGGAGCACUAGCUUGCAGAAUGUUCCAGCCGACGCAAAAUGUGAGGGACGAGGUCAUGAAGUUCUUCUCCAGUCAGGGAACACAUUUGAAGUCCCGCCCAGAGCUUCGUUGUUUCGUUGGCGCCUCCGGUGAUGAUUUCCACCUUCUCCUUGGAAUGACAAAGCGAAGCAUUCAGCAGAUAGCAGGGACGAUUGGCUUUACUCCAGAGGGUUACAGCCGUAAGGCUGCGUUUGAAAAGUGUGGGAAGUCCGAUUACAUCACCCCGAUGUGCGGCCCUGAGCUGACAGGAUACGAUUUUAUCGAGAGUAUCAAAUUGUGGAUGACAGAUACUAACAAUAGAGAAUGGUCUGUUGCAGAAGUAUGGCUCUCCAGAAAAGACCGUGGUGUGGGAAUGGCCACCCUAUUCGUGUCUCACGUGCAGGCGCAGCCAUUAGAGGCUACAUUGAAAGCUGUACCCGACGAUGCCCACUUAUGGCUUGCACGGUGGCGGAUACCACACUUCGCCAAUGCCAAGACGACUUUGAACCUGAGAGAGUGGCUGGCGUAAUCAAGUAUUUAUCAAAUGCCCACGAUGGCACGCGCGCAGUACUGGAUGAGCCGUCGCCGACCUACUUGAACAGGUCUUUUUGCAUAUUUGAGGUUGCUUGCACCGUGAGCAGUAAACUUCACGUCGAUAUGAGCGACGAUACCUCGUUCAAGUUCGUAGAGGGCGCCUUCCCCGUUGACGCGAAAGCAGCCACAUCGACAAAAGAGAAGCACAAGACCUUGGUGGAUGGUUACAUUCUUGGGCAGUGGGGGUCUUUCAUAGAAUUCAAUGACAGCGUUUCACUAUCGUUCAUGUCGGCGGCCGUGGGCCGCCUGGUGGGCCUGCUGGCCGGCGGCGCCCCCGGCGCGCAGGAGCAGGCGGCGCGCGCGCUGGCCAACCUGGCCGUCAAAGACGCCGAGAGCCGGCACGCCAUCGGCCGGGCCCCGGGCGCCGUGGAGGGCCUGGUGGCUCUGCUGGCCGGCGGCGCCCCCGGCGCGCAGGAGCAGGCGGCGCUCGCGCUAAGAAACCUGGCCUGGGAAGACGCCGAGAACCGGCGCGCCAUCGGCCGGGCCCCGGGCGCCGUGGAGGGCCUGGUGGGCCUGCUGGCCGGCGGAGCCCCCGGCGCGCAGGAGUGGGCGGCGCGCGCGCUGGCCAACCUGGCCCGCGACGCCGAGAACCAGCGCGCCAUCGGCCGGGCCCCGGGCGCCGUGGAGGGCCUGGUGGCUCUGCUGGCCGGCGGCGCCCCCGGCGCGCAGGAGCAGGCGGCGGGCGCGCUGGGCAACCUGGCCGUCGACUCCGAGAACCAGCGCGCCAUCGGCCGGGCCCCGGGCGCCGUGGAGCGCCUGCAGGGCCUGGUGGCCGGCGGCGCCCCUGGCGCGCAGGAGGAGGCGGCGCGCGCGCUGGGCAACCUGGGCAGUGGGAGGUGCCCGCUGCUGUAGGCGCCGCCGCCCCGGCCGUCGGCGCAGAGCAUCCGCGCGUGGCCGCGCCGCCGGGCGGCGGCAGCGUCUUGAUUUCUCAGGCGGGAGGCCGCGCCCCGCC